ACAGCCAAUCAUUUUCGUUUUAACAGGAGCAAACAAAUAUUUUUCAAUGGUGUAAGCGGUACUUAAUUAUUUGUUUGUACAUCUUCCAAAAAAGAGCCCAAAAGGCAGUGCUAUCAGAUCCUUACAAUGUCUAUGGGACAAGAACAAAAGAACAGAAAAAUUCUUGAACAGUUAGAAGAACAAAAGAAAAGAUUGAGGAUGGGAGGACAUCCAGGUCCUGCUAAUCCUAUAGCCAUCAGUACUCCUCCUGCAGUUCAGCAGCCAGCCUUACCAGCCAAUCCUUCUUCAACACUUGUAAUGGAGACUCACAACAUGACACCAGCUCAAAGGGCAGCAUUACAGCAUGCAAAUGCAAAUUCGUUUGGAUAUUUCAUCACACAAGAUUCGUCUUUUGGAAAUCUGAUACUGCCAGUGAUACCACGGUUCAAAGAUGUAUGAAUAUGAUCUCAACUCUCAACUCUAGACUUAAAUACAUCAAAAGAUAGCUGGAAAUUUGCAAUGGCAAAACAGAUUUUUGUGCUUGCGUUAUCAGAUUCAAUCAGAUAUGAACAAUUAAUGAAGUUGAAUAAAAACACAGGAAAGAAGAAAAUAAAAGCCUGUUCCCCAUUUAAAUGACAUUUUACAUGAUAUGAAACUGUUUGUGAACUAUUGUUAUGUAUUUUUACUUUGGGAUUACUGUAAGUUUGUUUCAUAAUUGAUUUCUAUGUUUAUAAAGAUGUACAUGUAUGAAAUAUUGAAUAUUGAAUUUUU